AUGGACUGUAGAAAUGUAUCUGAGAACUGCAAGAAGCUCUCCGAGCCCUGCUCUGACUCCAACUCCCUGCCACCCUCAGGGUCAGGCACCAAUUCCUGUUCCUCAUCUUUGACUGGACAGCAGGCUGGGGUAACCCUGGGGAGACCAGCCGCCGCCAACGCAGCCCGAGAGCGCAGCCGAGUGCAGACCCUCCGCCAUGCCUUCCUGGAGCUGCAGCGAACCCUACCCUCUGUGCCGCCCGACACCAAGCUCUCAAAAUUGGACGUGCUGCUCUUGGCCACUACGUACAUUGCUCACCUCACCCGCAGCCUGCAGGAUGAAGAAGAGCUGCCUGGAGAGAGCCUGGGCCCGCUGAGAGGAGAGGGCUACCUGCAUCCGGUUAAGAAAUGGCCAAUGCGAUCAAGGUUAUACAUUGGAGCCACAGGACAGUUUUUGAAUCAUCCCAUGCAAACAGAUAAUGUGAAUCAAGGAGAAACAUCAGCGAAAUCACAAAUCUAA